AUACCCUUCUGGCUUGGAGUUUUGAGAAAUUAUGGUUAGCGUUAGGAGGAAAGGGGUUGAUGUUCAUAAUGUGAUUAACUUGCCUUACCAAAGCUUACAGAAAUCAACAAUAUUUCCUGAUUGUGUGCAAGUCAGUUUCAAAAAGGGAUAUACUCCCAAAAACCUUGAGGAUAAAUUAAAAUUUACUAAAAGAUUGAAUGAUUUCUCCUUUGCUAAUAGCUUUGAGAGAGUACUCAUCUUGGACUUAACAGAAAGCCCAGGACCUGUUGAUAUCAGUACGAUUACAGCUGAAUGUUCGGAGUUGCAUGUAAAACAAGCAGAUUUGUUAAAUAUGUUGACUUCAGAACUGGACAAGAUACCACAAAAUAUUUCAAAGAACUUAACUACAUUGUGAGUAUGUGAUUACUCAAAACAUUGAUUCGUAGAUUCUGACUCUGAAGACUCUUGGCAAAGAAAUGGAUUAAGUCUUACUAAAGAAUGUCUUGUAAACUUCUUUCCAUUGCUUCAAAUGUUGCAUUUCAAGAAGCCGGCUGAAUAUGAGAUACAUCCGGAUAUAUUUUUUGAUUUUGUAGUACAGAAUAAUUCAUCAAUUUUGAGCAAUGACCAAUACAGCUCGUUAAUCAUCGAAGAUGUGGAUGUGUUUUACCACAACCCAUUAACUAAUCGUUAUGAUUGAUUCCAAGCUGGCCAAGUCAGAUACGUAUCUAAAUACUUCAAUGCUUCUGCGGUCAAAUUCAGAGGAAGCAAGUUCAUUAAGGUUUUUACGUACCUUGACUUAGAAUUUACGACUAUAUCCAGGAAAAACGACAUAGACAUGGAAUGUUUUGAACAAUAUAUAGAGAAGGAUCCAAUGAAUACGCAUCAAGAGGGCGAAACACCUUUGAUGUUUGGCCAAGUCAUCCCAGCUGUUUGGCCAGAGUCUGUCCUUCUUAGAUAUAGCAAGGUUAAGAAGAUUAGUGGGCUUGUAGUGUUUUAUAGAAUCAAGCCUGUGAGUUUGGAACGUUUAGAGGUCUGACUUGAUGGUGCUCAGGCUGAUCACAGAUUUUUCUUGAUGCUUGGGAAGAUGAAAAAGUUAUCUAAGCUAGUCAUCAAAGCAACUUUGAUGGCUAAGAAUAUAUACUUGAUCUGUGAAAUACUUCGAAAUAAGUGCACGGAUCUUUACCUAACCAUAAAUUCACAGGCCAUUAAAAAGCCCGAGAUUGCCAAAAGACAGAAGGUUUUGGCUGAAAUACUAAACUCUAGAUUUUUAAAGACUCUUAUUAUUCACAAACAAACCAAGAAAGGAAUCAAAGAAUUUAUGUUUAUGGGAGUGACAAAGAAAGAUCAGAAGAAGCUGAAAGCAAUAUUAAUGUGAGGAAAAUAG